AUGCAAGUUUACUUGCUCCUUCUGUUCUGCUUCGCUGGCCGUGCAGUACGCACCGAGCCAUACAAUUCGUCCUCGUUGGCCAAUGACGUCGUUCCGGCUCUUAGCGGUGAUUUCCUGCUUGCUUCCGAAGAAACGCCAACACGGGCUCCUCGGCCUGUGACUAAACAAGGGCACCAAACUCCUCAGCCGUCGGAAGAUGCAUUGUUUCUAACCGAUUGUUCCGAGCCUCUCAACAAAGAUAUUGCCUGCUCAGUGCACAUUGGUGAGUUUACGUCCUUAAAAGCACUUUGAUUCUGAUCUCUGGAAUGUUUUCAUUCUCACUAUAAGAGUGAAGUGCCGACUUGAGAGUUUGUCGAAAAGUCGAUAAAAGUCGGCAAAACUGAAGUCGUCAUUAUCGACAAAAGUAAUGUCGAUCAACAAAAAAUGCGCGGACUGUCGAUAUUAUAGGGGCACCGCACAGAAAUGGCGCUCUGUUGAGAAACUCCUUUUGCAGUGCAAAUUGAGCGACCUCGGGGCCGAGUUUGAAAGUUAGGCCACAUUUUCAGUGGAAAAUUACCUAGAAAUUCGGCCAGAUUGCGAACAGCGCGCCCUUUCUGUCCGGUGCCCCUAUAAUAAGUGAUCGAUCGACAACACUUAUCGACUUCACUUAUCGAUUUUUCUUGUAUUAUAGGGGCACCGGACAGAAAUGGCGCGCUGUUCGCAAUCCCCUAAAUAGCCAUUCUUGUAAGAUUUGUACUUCUUGAGAAACUGCGACAUUGCCUUGAAUGCCUUGCGAUUGUUCUUGUAACUUGACCCAAAAUUGUGUCGAUUAGCGUGUCGACACGUCACUUUACUCACUAUACGACCACUAUUCACUUUAUUUCAGUUGGGUGCUCUGCUCCUAUUUUCGAUUAUGUUGAAUCUGGGAAAGAACCUCCAGGAGCACAUGACGUCAGAAUUGCGCCUACGACCAAAGUGAUUGGAUCUAAUCGUAUUGACAAGAGGAAGCAUCGACUGCACGUUGACGUGUCGUGGCAAAUUCCUCAAUUAGACUCUUCGAAUAAUUUGCGAGCUUUCAAACUGCUUGUCAACGGGCCUGAUGAAAAAAGCACCUGUUUUGUAUUUAACGUGACUCAUUCUCAACAAGAAGAGAAUGUUUCGGUAAGGCAAAAAUUAACCUUGAUCGGUAAUUACGAUUCAUUUUAGCCUAGAUACCGUUUCUCAUCUAACUCUCUCUUCGAGUUUGGUCGCAACUACACUGUUACCAUUGUCAGUCUUCCUGUGUCACGAUCCAAAUCACCAAAGGUCAUUGCGACCAGCCUGAUGCCAGAUGACCCGGACGAAGCUCCAAAAUAUGUCAAAACACACGAAGAGAUUUGCGCGGCUAAAUGUAAUAAUAAUGUUUCGUAAUCCAGACGUCAAAAUUCUAUGUUUUUAGCUAACCCGCAAGCUUCCAAGUGGGCAGCUAGCUUCCGAAAAAUUUUCCUUUUUAGUGCCAUCAGAAUGAUACAAAUUGAGUUCCUGGCAGCUCCGCCACAAUAUUGCUUUGAGGAGUAUGAGGUUUGAAAAUCAAUCCCAAUCCGGAAGUAUGAUGAAUAUUAUAGGUUCGAUUGCUUGACAGCUCCGGAAUUGUGAUGCUUCAAUCAGCAGUGAUAUCCAUGGAAGAUCUAAAAACUGAGCUGAUCAAUGGCCGACCAGUGCAGUUCGGAGAAUACAACUUUACGGACAUUGAACUCGACACUGAUCUCAUUCCAUCAGUCAUUCCCAUAGAGACCGGUCGAGAUGGGAGAUGUUUGUGCGAAACGGAGAACGGUUGCAGCUGUCUGGCAGCUGAUUGGAAGCCGGUCAAGCUCACAAGUAAAAAAAUUACAGUAAAGUAUCGGGUGAUAAAUCCCUCCGUUUUUCCAGAAAUCGAAAAACCGCCGUCCACAAACAAUCGGACACUUGAGAGCGACAGCAAAACAGAAAAAGGUUCACACAUAACAGGACCAUUUCAUUGGUAAAAAUUAGGAAAUUCAAAAAGUUGUUGAAUGGAAAGUUUUCAGGCAUUCCUUCGCUAUUGUAGGAGUUAGUUGUCUAGCGAUAUUGUUUGGCAUUCUGUUAUGUUUCGGCCUCAAGUGCUACAGACACGUUCACAAAAACAAAAAAUCAUCAAACAUUCACCUGUUGAACGAGAAUCCGAAUUUCACACAACCCGGGUCGAUUCCUUUAAUUAUGAAACGUAAGUAUGCGUACUAGGCUGGUCGAACAGGCGCCUGAAAAAAACAAGCGCCUGAUUUUCAGGCGCCUGUUCGACCAGCCUAAUGCGUACUUUUAAGAAAGCAAACCCAGUUUUCAGAAUCGAUGUCAAUCCUGAUUUUGUACAGCCAUGAUUCUGCACAGCACGAGGCUGCUGUUUUAGCGUUUGCAGAGCUUUUGCGGGAUGUCUAUCACUUGAAUGUUCACGUAAGAGAAGGCACCACGCUUAAAAAAAUAGUAUUGAAACAAUUUCAGUUGGACGUAUGGGACGAAGAAGAUAUCGAGGCUAACAGAGCGGAGUACAUCAAUUCUAGCAUUGUCCGAGCUGGAAAAGUAAUCAUCAUCAAUUCGAUCGGAGCAUAUUUCCGAACGAUUGCCCGGCACAGGAAAAAAGCCGCAUUGGAGCGGAUUGUAGCAGGAAGGAAUGAUGCACUCUUCGGAGUUCAAAUUGAUCUGGCACUACAGUAAGACUUUUGCACUGAAAAUCUCAUGAAUCCCUGCUUUUCAGGCAUCCGUGUGUCAUUUCCUGUCACUUCAACUACACAAACCCUAAAUACGUCCUUUUCCCGGUUAGUCGUCUCCUUCAAUACAACAUUCCUGAAAACUUGAUGACAUUGACUACGGCCAUCAUGGGUCAAUCUGCAAGGGCAGAGCAUUUGGCUGGUUUCAACUCUGUCUAUGCAAGACUUCAAGCAGCUCUUUCUCGAAAAACGCAUUACAUUGCAAAUGAACCACAGUGGUUUGAGAAUACGCAUCAUAGAGUGGCUAGUGCGCCGAGAGACCUGGUCGAGCCUGAACCGAUCCCAUUGCCGUUGAGCUUGGCAUUUAGAGAAGACUUGUUCGAACAACAAGAAACACUUCCAAUUGCUGAUUUGGAAGACCUGCUACCGACAAGAUUCAAGCAUGAAGCUGUGAUGGAAGAUAGUUCUGCUAAGGACGAGGAGGAAGAAGAACUUAUAGACGAUGACUCUAUCGUUUACGAAGAAGAUUUAGAUCAAACUGCAAGUUUAGAGGAACUUCCACGACUAAUGGUUCACAAAGAUCCGCUUGACUCUGGAAAUCUGGACUCUGCUUACGUCAGUGGAUCUGAUUUCUCUACGGAAAUUCAUACAGAGGUGAGAUUUUAUUCAGAGUUUUUAAUUCAAUUUUUUCACAUUUAGGUCCUAGAUAAGCCGCGAUUAGCAUCCGAAGAAGACUGUCAUUCCGUGAAGCGUAAACGAGACGUCACUGUCGAUUCAGCUUUUCAUGAUGACGUCAUUGGCGUACAUUAA